GGAACAUUCGCAUCUGUUACAUUAUCAUGAUUUAAAAAAAUGGAAUAUUCGCAUCGAACCGCAUUUGUAGAAAGCGUGAAUAUUUUUAAUUCAAAACAUGCGAGGUGUCUCCGUCGUAGAGAACGGUGAAAGACGGCCGAGUAAUUCCUCACCAUCCGUCACAAAAUCCACGUGCAACACCAUUAACUAACCACUUGUUACCCACUUUCCUCCUCUCUCUCCCUCACACUUUCUCUCUCCCGCCAUUCUCGCUCUCCCUCUCUCUCCUAAUCUAUCUUCCCAUUUCUCUCUCCCCCUAAAAGCUUUCAAGUUUCUGCUACAUUUCUUCUGCAUGCACCUGCGUGCUUAUUCAACCAAUCAAAUUCAAAAUCACCAAUGUCAAGAGGACCUCCACCAGGAAUAAAGCUGUUCAGAGGCAAAGAAUGGAGUCUUCAAACCUACCGUUACAUCGUCUUACUCAUAACGUUCAUCGCCUACGUUUGUUACCACGCUUCACGAAAACCAACGGGAAUCGUCAAGAGUGUUCUGUGUCCAGACGCGAAUAAAAGAACCAAAUAUUCAGGGUGGGCACCGUUUAACGGACCUAACGGUGUUUCGAAAUUGGGUGAAAUUGAUUUAGCGUUCUUAGCUUGUUAUUCUUUGGGUAUGUAUGUUGCGGGACAUUUAGGUGAUUCUCUUGAUCUUCGGUUGUUUUUGACGAUGGGAAUGAUUGGAAGUGGGAUUUUUGUUGGUGUUUUUGGGAUGGGUUAUUUCAUGAAUGUUCAUGAGUUUUGGUUUUAUUUGGUGAUGCAAAUGAUUGCGGGGUUGUUUCAAGCGACGGGUUGGCCUUCUGUUGUGGCGGUUAUUGGGAACUGGUUUGGGAAGAGGAAGAGGGGGUUGAUAAUGGGGGUUUGGAAUGCGCAUACUUCGGUGGGGAAUAUUAGUGGUUCGCUUCUUGCUGCUAGUGUUUUGGAUUAUGGGUGGGGUUGGUCUUUUGUUUUGCUUGGUUUGUUGAUUAUGUUUGGUGGGGUUGUUGUGUUUUUGUUCUUGCCGGCGUAUCCGGAAGAUGUUGGGUUUUGUUAUAUUCAUGGGGAUGAAGAGGAGCAGAGGGUUAAAACUGUUGGUGCUGGUGGUGGUGUGGUUGAAGGGGAGAGGGAGAGGGAGAAUCAAAGGUCUGUUGAUGGGAGAGAUGGGAGCGGUGGCAGAGGGAGAAGUAUUGGACUUUAUGAAGCUUGUAUGAUACCUGGUGUUAUUACUUUUGCUAUGUGUCUUUUCUUUGCUAAGCUUGUUGCUUAUACAUUUCUCUAUUGGUUGCCCUUUUACUUGACUCAGACAGAAAUCGGUGGGAAGUAUAUGUCUGUAAAAUCUGCUGGAAACCUUUCAACCUUAUUUGAUGUGGGGGGUAUUUUUGGGGGAAUACUUGCUGGUUACAUGUCUGAUAAACUAAGUGCUCGUGCUAUAACCGCAGCCAGCUUCAUGUAUUUAGCAAUUCCUGCUAUGCUUUUAUACCGAACCUAUGGAAGUGUUUCUAUGCAUGCCAACAUUGGAUUUAUGAUGGUAACUGGAUUAUUGGUAAAUGGGCCCUAUUCACUUAUCACUACUGCUGUCUCUGCUGACUUGGGUACACAUAAAUCUCUCAAAGGCGAUUCUCGUGCUCUGGCCACGGUGACUGCAAUCAUAGAUGGUACUGGGUCGGUUGGUGCAGCUAUUGGCCCUCUUCUUACCGGGUUCUUGUCAACAAGGGGAUGGGAUGAAGUUUUCAUGAUGCUAGUUCUGGGUGCAUUUGUUUCUGGCCUUCUUCUGUCGCCUUUGAUCUUAGCCGAAAUCAGAGAGAAAACCGGCAAAACUAGGCCCAAUGGACAACAAAAUCCUAGAGACGCCGCAUCUCAACCACUUCUGCAAGAAGAAAGGUGACACUGAUCAACCACUUCUGCAAGAAGAAUGGGGACACUGAUCGGUACAUCAUGAAUCGUCAAACUAUAGUGCCUGGUAAUUGGGUUGUCUUGUACUUAUAUGAGUUUAGCUUGCUGCAGCCACUUCAUUGUUUAUAUUUCCAUGUCUCUGCCGAUAAGUAAGUCAAGAAGUAGAUUCACUGAGUUAGUUGGUACUUGGUAUGUAGUAUAUUCUAGAAGGUUCAAGAGGGAUUCAUCAUUCAUUGUUGGGGAUUGAGCUGGCAUGUAGAGGCUGUUUUCUUCUUGUGUCACACUCACAUUCAAAGAGGCUUUGUUUUCAAUUUUGUCUGCAGCAGCAGGUUAGGAUAUACAACCAAGUUUCUUUCUUGAUCAUAAUCCAAAUCCUUUCCACUUAUCUCAAAUCUUGUUGAGAUUUAGAAGAAAAAUGUUUCUCAAUUAGAAUUGUAUAUGCAAAUAAUUAGAUAGUUUUCGGUGUAUGUUUUUGUACUUUUGUUGUGUUGAUUAAUCCUGUUCAUUGUUUGAGUUGUGGUUAGACAGUCAUAAAUUAUGUUUUUAUAUGAAA